GCACCAUCAGAGUGCGCCAUAGUCAUCGUCGCUCUCGUUCUCUCUGCACCAUGGCUGUAGCAUUCCAGUUCUGCCGAUUCAACGUGCGACCGGAAGCCUUCGCGCCGGAGAAUUAUCUUUUCGGAUCUGGAUCUCUCCGGCGCCGGAGACCUUUAUCCGUCCGGUGCUCGGCCGGAGAUGAGAACGCCCCUUCGCCGUCGGUGGUGAUGGACUCGGAUUUCGACGCGAAGACGUUCCGUAAGAACUUGACGCGGAGCGAGAAUUACAACCGUAAAGGUUUCGGCCACAAGGAGGAGACUCUCCAGCUCAUGAAUCAGGAGUACACCAGUGAUAUAUUACAGACACUGAAAGCAAAUGGGUACACACAUACCUGGGGAGAUGUUACCGUGAAGCUCGCUAAAGCAUAUGGCUUUUGUUGGGGGGUCGAGCGUGCUGUUCAGAUUGCGUAUGAAGCGAGAAGGCAGUUCCCGGAUGAGAGGAUUUGGAUUACUAACGAAAUCAUUCAUAACCCGACAGUCAAUAAGAGGUUAGAGGAGAUGGACGUUAAAAUUAUUCCUGUUGAGGAAAGGAAGAAGCAGUUUGAUUUAGUGGAUAAAGACGAUGUCGUGAUUCUGCCUGCGUUUGGAGCUGGGGUUGAUGAAAUGUAUGUGUUGAACGAUAAGAAGGUUCAAAUUGUUGACACGACUUGCCCUUGGGUAACAAAGGUCUGGAACAUGGUUGAGAAGCACAAGAAGGGGGAAUACACAUCAAUAAUUCAUGGUAAAUAUGAUCAUGAAGAGACUAUUGCGACUUCAUCAUUUGCAGGAACAUACAUCAUCGUGAAAAACAUUGAAGAGGCCAAAUACGUAUGUGAUUACAUUCUCGGUGGUCAACUCGAUGGAUCUAGCUCCACGAAAGAGGAAUUCAUGGAGAAAUUCAAAAACGCUGUUUCUAACGGUUUUGACCCUGACCGAGACCUAAUCAAAGUCGGUAUUGCAAACCAGACAACAAUGCUCAAGAACGAAACAGAAGAGAUCGGGAAAUUGAUAGAGAGGACCAUGAUGCGCAAGCACGGAGUAGAGAACGUUACCAACCAUUUCAUCAGCUUCAACACAAUCUGCGACGCUACACAAGAGCGACAAGAUGCGAUAUACGAGCUGGUGGAGGAGAAGCUCGAUCUAAUGCUAGUUGUGGGAGGGUGGAAUUCAAGCAACACUUCCCACCUUCAAGAAAUCACCGAGGCUCGUGGUAUCCCUUCUUAUUGGAUUGACAGCGAGCAACGGAUUGGUCCCGGGAACAAAAUCGCGUACAAGCUCCACUACGGAGAGCUGGUCGAGAAGGACAACUUUCUCCCAAAGGGACCGAUAACCAUUGGUGUAACAUCCGGUGCUUCAACUCCGGACAAGGUCGUCGAGGAUGUUCUGGUGAAGGUUUUUGAUAUCAAACGCGAAGAAUCGUUGCAGUUUGCUUGAACGUAAAUAUUUGUAAUGAUGAUAUAAAAAAAAAAAUGGAGUGAUGGUUCACUCUAAAAAGAUGUCUGUAACUCAUAACGUCAGUGUAACCUUUUAUACAUAUACAUAUAUAUAAUAUACCCUCAGUGUAUCCCUCAUUA